GAUCUAUAAGACCGCUGUUAUUCAUUGCAUCUCCACACUCACAUCAAUGUUUUACGGGCGUACUAAACAUCGCCGGGAGACCCACCCGUUGUCUGUCUAUGCGACGCGGAUCCUCCGUGUCUGUCAGGUAGGAACUUUUGUUUCAACCGUUCAUCCCUCGUGUAUCAGUUGCACAAAUUCAAGUUUUUCUUGUACAGGUAUUACCCACCGGGUCCAGGGUCUAACUCUAUUCCAUACUUUCGAAACCUAACAUCAACUUUGGUAUACAUGUCAAACGUUCCGACAGCCAG